UGCUGCGCCGUCGCGCCGCCUCCUCCCUCCACUGACUGACUGACUGACUCCGGCGGCGGGACGGACCCGACUCGACUCGACCCGAGGGGCCGCAAGCCUGAGCAGAGAGUCCGGGGCCUCAGCCCCGCCUGCAGGCCGCUCCCGGCACGAUGGAGAGCACCGAGGAAGAUAUAUGUCGGGUGUGUCGGUCAGAAGGAACACCAGAUAAACCACUUUACCAUCCUUGCGUGUGUACUGGCAGUAUAAAAUUUAUCCAUCAGGAAUGUUUAGUUCAGUGGCUCAAACACAGCAGAAAAGAAUACUGCGAACUAUGCAAACAUCGAUUUGCUUUUACACCAAUUUAUUCUCCAGAUAUGCCAUCUAGACUUCCAAUUCAGGAUAUUUUUGCAGGAUUGGUUACAAGUAUUGGUACAGCAAUAAGAUACUGGUUCCAUUACACAUUGGUGGCCUUUGCAUGGCUGGGGGUUGUACCUCUUACAGCAUGUCGAAUCUACAAAUGUUUGUUUACUGGCUCUGUGAGCUCACUGUUGACAUUGCCGCUCGAUAUGUUAUCCACGGAGAAUUUGCUGGCAGACUCUUUGCAGGGUUGUUUUGUGGUAACAUGCACACUGUGUGCAUUCAUUAGCCUUGUCUGGUUACGAGAACAAAUCGUACAUGGUGGAGCUCCACAGUGGCUCGAACAAAAUCAAGCUCAACCACCCAAUGGAGUGGCUCAACAGAAUGAGCCUCAAGCUGCACCGAAUGCUGCAGCCGAGAAUCCACAAGUACCUCAACCAGCUGAAGAGGCAGAAGGAAAUGAAGCAGCAGUUGCCGGGGCUGCCCCUGCAGUGGCAGAGAAUGCCAAUGUUCGUGCAGAUGAGGGUGAGAAUGAGGAAGACGAGAACGAUGAUGAUGAUGAUGCGGUGGUAGAGGAUGGUGCUGAUGCCAACAAUGGUGUUCAAGAUGACAUGAACUGGAAUGCAUUAGAGUGGGACAGGGCUGCAGAAGAACUAACUUGGGAGCGUAUGCUUGGAUUGGAUGGCUCACUCGUUUUCUUGGAACAUGUCUUCUGGGUCGUUUCUUUAAAUACACUUUUUAUUCUUGUGUUCGCAUUCUGUCCUUAUCACAUCGGGCACUUCUCAGUAGUUGGUUUGGGUUUUGAGGAGUAUGUAAGUACCAAUGAUACGGUUCAAGCCUCACAUUUUGAAGGCCUGUUAACAACGAUAGUGGGCUAUGUGUUGCUGGCUAUGACUUUAAUUAUCUGUCAUGGGUUGGCUGCACUGGUGAAGUUUCAGAGAUCUCGACGUUUAUUGGGAGUCUGCUAUAUUGUUGUUAAGGUGUCUUUACUGGUGGUUGUGGAAAUUGGUGUAUUCCCUCUUAUAUGUGGCUGGUGGCUUGAUAUAUGUUCACUGGAGAUGUUUGAUGCUACUUUGAAAGACCGGGAACUAAGUUUCCAAUCGGCACCUGGCACCACAAUGUUUCUGCAUUGGCUGGUGGGAAUGGUGUACGUCUUUUACUUUGCAUCCUUCAUUCUUCUACUCAGAGAGGUGUUGAGACCUGGGGUCUUAUGGUUUUUGAGAAAUUUGAAUGAUCCGGACUUUAACCCAGUUCAGGAAAUGAUCCAUUUGCCCAUAUAUAGGCAUUUCAGGCGUUUCAUAUUAUCAGUGAUUGUCUUUGGGUCAAUAGUCCUCCUAAUGCUUUGGUUACCAAUUCGUAUUAUUAAGACCCUGUUCCCUGAUUUUCUACCAUACAAUGUAAUGCUUUACAGUGAUGCCCCAGUUAGUGAGCUGUCUCUGGAGCUUCUGCUGUUGCAGGUGGUGUUGCCAGCUCUACUCGAGCAGGGACAUACCCGGCAAUGGUUGAAGGGCCUGGUUCGAGCUUGGACUGUCACUGCUGGGUAUUUGCUGGAUCUGCAUUCAUAUUUGCUUGGAGACCAGGAGGAAAAUGAGAACAAUGCCAACCAGCAGGCAAACAACAAUCAGCAGGCUCGUAAUAAUAAUGCUAUUCCUAUAGUUGGGGAAGGGCUUCAUGCAGCCCAUCAGGCCAUACUUCAACAGGGUGGACCUGUGGGCUUCCAGCCUUAUCGGAAACCUUUACAGUUUCCCCUUAGGAUCCUGUUAUUGGUAAUCUUCAUGUGUCUAACAUUGCUGAUUGCCAGUCUCAUCUGCCUCACGUUACCAGUUUCAGCAGGUCGUUGGUUGAUGUCAUUUUGGACAGGGAGUGCCAAAAUUCAUGAACUAUACACGGCUGCCUGUGGGUUGUAUAUCUGCUGGUUGACUAUCCGAGCAAUUACGGUGCUAGCUGCAUGGAUGCCACAAGGGCGAGAUGUUAUUUUUCAGAAACUAAGGGAAUGGUCCCUCAUGAUUGUGAAAACGUUAGUAGUGGCCUUGUUGUUGGCUGGAAUGGUUCCUCUUCUUUUGGGACUUUUGUUUGAAUUGGUUAUUGUAGCUCCCUUAAGAGUACCUCUGGAUCAGACACCUCUCUUUUACCCAUGGCAGGACUGGGCACUUGGUGUUCUACAUGCAAAAAUUAUUGCUGCUAUAACGCUGAUGGGGCCUCAGUGGUGGCUGAAAACUGUUAUUGAACAGGUCUAUGCAAAUGGCAUUCGAAACAUUGAUUUACAUUUUAUAAUUUGCAAACUAGCAGCACCAGUCAUUGCAGUGUUGCUGUUGUCACUCUGCGUGCCCUAUGUCAUAGCUGCUGGCAUUGUACCAUUGCUGGGUGUGACGACUGAGAUGCAGAAUCUCGUCCAGCGUAGAAUUUAUCCUUUCCUUCUGAUGGUGGUGAUAUUGAUGGGAGUCCUAUCCUUCCAAAUCCGCCAGUUCAAGCGCCUAUAUGAACACAUUAAAAAUGACAAGUAUCUUGUUGGUCAACGACUUGUUAACUAUGAGCGGAAGACGGGUAAACAAACGAUGACAACUGCUUCACCAUCUUCUGAAGAAUAGUGGGUGUUGACUGACCCAGCCCUUUCUCCUAUGUGUUUCCUACCACACAACCCCAGCAAUCCCCCCCCCCCCCCCCCCCCCCCCCCCCCCCCAAGCCCCAACUUCUCCCUUUUCCCAUCGCUUAUGUUGAGCAAAAAAGUCCUACACAGUCCUGUCUGGUAACUGUAUAUGUGUAAAUAUAAUGAACAUUCUGAGCCCCUUUAAAGAUAAAUGAAUGUGCUUUGUAAAUCUUAAAAUAUGUAUAUUAAUUUAUUAAAUGUAGUCAUCACUUUAUUUGGACUAUUGUCCUACAUUCUGGGAGUGACGGUGGCAUAGAGGCAAUAUAAUGAGGUGUUUGAAUACUUCAUAAACUCACUUUUUUUAGAAAUGUUCAUAAUGGCUGAUGUUUUAAUACAGAAUAAAAAAUAAACUAUUGAGCAGGAAAAGAAAACCCAAACUGCAAAUGAAUGGCAAUAA